CCACUCAACACAUUGAGACGCACGACGUCGACAUCGACGGCGCUCUCACACCCCCUUCGGCUCACCUACCUACGCAGCUCGAUGAUAACCGUCGGACUGCCGACCUAAUGCCACAAUGAAGGCCACUCCGCUGAUUAUACACUGGCACCACAAAAACAACAAUCCAUAUCCAAUCUACUCUGCCCACUUCGAGUCCCACGGGAAGGGCCGCCUAGCUACCGGUGCGGGCGACAACAAUGUUCGGCUGUGGAAGAUAGAGGAGGACGGCGAAGACCGGCGAGUCGAAUAUCUAGCGACGCUCUCGAAGCACUCGCAAGCCGUAAAUGUAGUGCGCUGGGCCCCCAAGGGUGAGCUCCUCGCAUCUGCCGGCGACGAUGGCAAUGUAAUACUAUGGGUCCCUUCGGACAGCCACCUCCCAACCUUUGGCAGCGAGGGCCUUGAAGACAAGGAGACUUGGCGGACAAAACACAUGUUCCGGGGGCUGGGCACCGGCAUCUACGACCUCGCUUGGUCGCCGGAUGCCACAUACUUCAUUAUAGGCAGCAUGGACAAUGUUGCACGAAUCUACAAUGCUGGCACAGGACAGCUAGUGCGUCAGAUUGCCGAGCACAGUCACUAUGUCCAGGGCGUCGCCUGGGAUCCGCUGAAUGAGUAUAUCGCGACUCAGUCGUCGGACCGUUCGGUGCACAUCUACAGCCUCAAGACAAAGGAUGGACAGUACACGCUCAACAGCCAUGGCGGGGAGACCCCCAAGGUUGCCAGCCAUUUCAAGACGGACCUCCCUCCUCGACGGAUAUCCUCCAACAGCCCGGCUCCGCCUGAUAUGGGCUACCGGUCGGUCCUCGCCUCUGUCGACGCGGUGCCAAGCGUGGCGACAGGCUCCCCGGUCCCUUCGGCACCCGGAACCCCGACAUCGAUUGCACUGCCCAUGAAUCCCCCGAGCGUCUUUAGUCACAGCCGAAGGUCUUCCUUCUCUUCGAGGCGCUCGGUCUCUCCAGCUCCGUCGAUGCCUCUCCCAGCUGUUAUGCCCAUGGAGGCCUCUCCCAAGCCUAUUCCUACAAGCACCGGCCUGGGCGUGAAGAAUGCCAGUCUCUACGCAAACGAGGCGUUGACUUCUUUCUUCCGGAGGCUGACUUUCACGCCGGAUGGGGCUCUUCUCCUGACCCCCGCCGGCCAGUACCAGACCCAGCACAAUGUUGACGGUGGCAGGCCCUCGUAUGAGGUUCUCAAUACUGUAUACAUUUAUACGAGAGGCGGGAUCAACAAGCCUCCUAUCGCACACCUCCCAGGCCAUAAGAAGCCCUCAGUUGCAGUGAGGUGUUCUCCGGUCAUCUACACACUGAGGCAGUCCCCGCCUGUUACCAAGCACAUUACGAUCGACACGUCCUCGGCUGAGGAGGCUAUCCCGUCUCUACCUGAGCCUCUCUCGAAGCCUUCUCCGGGUCCCAUGAUCAUGGAGCCGCCGCCGCCUCCUACCUCUGGCGAAGGUCCUACGUCUUCUUCGAAGCAUCUCAGUCUCGAAACGGCUGUUCAAACUCCAGGACCCAAGGCCGCGUUUUCGCUCAAUUACCGCAUGGUGUAUGCCGUGGCGACGCAGGAUUCGGUUUUGCUGUAUGACACUCAGCAGCAGACUCCGAUCUGUAUUGUGAGCAAUCUGCACUGUGCCACCUUUACCGACUUGGCUUGGUCAACUGAUGGAUUGACGUUGUUAAUAUCGUCGUCUGACGGGUUUUGCUCAACGUUAUCCUUUUCGGCAGGUGAGCUGGGGCAGGUCUACACUGGAGAGCUCGGGCCGCCGAAAGUUUCAUCUGGAACGGCUGCCUCGUCGAGCCAAAAUACGCCAGUUCCGACGCCGACGUCGGUCUUUGCACCCCCCUCACCUUAUCGCAACGGCGGCUCCCACCGUCACCGGGAUUCUGCCAGCUCGAUUACAGCACCUUCCCCACCGCCGCUGUCGGCAGCCUCGUUUGUCAGCCAACGGCCAGGAUCGCCUGCGCGUUCUAACUCGGCCUCUUCGAUUCUGACGCAGUCCUCGACAGCGCAGACGGGGGUGGUCAGCAACCCAACACUCAUAUCAGGUCAAGUGCCUAGCAUAGCGGCCACGAACUCGGGCAAGAUCACGGGUGUCCCAAUGACGACACCGCCCGAGACGCCGCGCGAGUUUCCCCGGGGCUCAGCGACGGGUGCAGCGGUUGCUGGUAGCAAGAGAGAUAAUACCGACAGCGACGUCGAGGAUGCGUCGGGGUCACAGCCUAAGCGCAGACGAAUUGCGCCGACACUAGUAAGCGGAGGGACGUUCCCGACGAAUGGGAGCAGCAACGAAGAGCCGAAGGCGUAGGUCGCCACAGCCGUCUGAGGGCCGGAAUGGGAUACUUUCAAAACAAAGGGCGCAAUUUUGCUGGGAUGGACAGGGCGUUUUCGGAAAGAAAUGGAAAAGGACUCGAGGGCAGCGUCCCGGGGAAAGGGUCAAGGAUGUAGUUUAUUUUAUUUGGGUAUUUCGGUCUCUCAGCUCUCAUCGGUACCCUGUCUGCGCUCUUCGCUUCUGUUUAGAAUCCGGUAGUGUUUGGGAAGGGCUGGUUGGAAGCGCCGAGGUGUCGUUGGCGAUAGCAAUGGUGCAUUGUCACAUCUAUAGAGGCUUUCUUCUGUUUUUUAUCUGGAGCCUACCUUUCACAAAGUUCCAGCUCGACGGAUAGGGGCCUGCCCAUUUACCCAGCUUGUUCAGGUGCGCUUUUAGCAAUUUAGUAUGACAAUACAAGACUACGAAACAUCUUGCUAAGUGUG